AUGGGCCUUACACCUAUACGUAUUCGAAGCAAGCGGAAAUUUCCAUUGAGAGGCAAACCAUCGCCUGGUCAAACUAUCGCAUCUAUACCUGACGACAAAAUCAACCCCCCCAAGAGAAUGAAGCGCUCACUAUCAAAUGUCCUCGCUUCUCGAUCUACGCGUUGGAGGCCGGCUAUUCAAGCUCUUCCAGCCGAAAUCUUGGAGAGUAUCUUCCUUUACAGCGCCAAUGUUGCCCUCCCUCGGUCCGCACCGAUCAUAGGCUCAAAGCUUUCUGGACGGGCUACUCUCAUCAGGUUCAUCAUAUGUGCUUUCCAAGAUACUUGGGAACAGUCGUUCGGUGACCCUGACAGGUUUGCGGCAACAGACAAGCAUCGUGUAUCUGGCAAUUGGCAACUCCAGUCAACCAUAUUGUGCCUACCUUGGAUCACUGCAGAGUUCAUUCUCCAGGCACAGCAGACCUGGGUAGAAAAAUACGCCAGAGACCAGCAUUAUCGUCAUUAUCUUCCUCGGUUGGAUGAUGACGGUGACCCCUUUAUUUAUGGUCACAGCCAUCAUUUCGAAGGUGGCGUAGGGCACUUCAACUCGCAGGACUGCUUUGAGGCUGAUUAUCAGGAAGUUCUGUCCUGGAAACCUUUCGAAAGGGUUGGAUCCUGGGGUGGCUGCGAUAUUCAUCCAAAGGUACGCGUUCCUACAUCCCUCAUCACCGGUCCAUGGGACGAGAAGAACCUACGCCUCCUGUUCUGGCUUCGCAGGGGGGGAUUAGUCUAUGGCCUAGACGAGCAUGAUAGAUCGUGGGAGAUCCAGCUGGACUGUCUUCGCAACGCAUUUAUCGACGCACCGGAGCCUAAUGUCUUCAUUACAAAUUUGAUCGAUCUCACUGCACUGUGUCAGGGUCUACCGAGAGAUGUUGCCAGAGAGCAAAGAAGACGCAUUGAUCAACGACUGAAAUGGGGUGCUGAUAGUGUAAUCUCGAAAGAGAUACUCCGACAGGUCUAUGGAACAAUAGGGGUGUUCCAUGAUGGCUUUGACACUUCAAGCUCCCCGAAAUAA